CAGAAACGGAGAGGUAGAAAGUAUGAAGUCUCCACCCCAGAUCCGCCCAGGGAAGGGCGGAGAGACACCAGGCGGGAAGGUCGGAGUCUGAGGAGUCAUGAAGCGCGCCCGGGAGCUUAUCUUGGAGGCCCUAGAAAACUUGACCGAGGAUGAGUUUAAGAAGUUCAAACUAAAGCUGCGGAUGCUGGAGCUGCGGGAGGGCUUCAACGCCAUCCCCCGAGGGAUCCUGGAGCCUCUGGACCGAAUGGACCUCAGUGAGAAGAUCGUCAGUUGCUACCUGGAGGACUACGGGCUGGAGCUGACCGCAGAAGUGCUCCGGAAAAUGGGCAUGCUGGAGGAGGCAGUCAAACUCCAGCAAACUGCCUCAGGGUCUCACCUAGUGGGAAAUGCAGCCCAGUCCAGACAACAUUCAACUGCAACAUCCACUGUAUCAGGGAUACAUUUUGUGGAAAAGCAUCGAAAAAGCCUCAUCAAUCGUAUAACUUCGGUGGAUGCGAUCCUAGACCACUUGCUUGGGAAUGUUCUGAGCCAGGAGGAAUAUGAGGCAGUCAGGGCUGAGAACACCAAUCAGAACAAGAUGAGGAAGCUCUUCAGCUUCAUGGUAGCCUGGGAUGAAUCAUGUAAAGACCAGCUUUUAGAAGCCUUGAAGGAGCUCCACCCUUACCUGGUGCAAGAGUUGGAGAGAAGUCGAGGGGCUCCUCAAGGUACCCUCUAACAAUAGUACCUAAGAACUCAACUCCUACAUUGACACUGAUUUCUGGCUCUCAAGGCCCCUACAAAUAGCCUUUUAAAAAAGUCAAAUAAAACUAUGAAAACUGA